AAUAGAUUUUUAAUCUAAGGUUUUAUCGUUUAAAGUAAUUGUAUAAUAUUAAUGUAUUAAAACUAUGUUUUUUAGACGAUUAAAACUAUCCCAUACACGGUGUUUUUUACCGGCGUUUUUCUUAAAUAAAAAUGAAUACGAUAUAGAAGGAACAGAAGUCUUAGAUGUAAAAAAAGUCGGUGGUUGGCAAGGUGUUGUGAACGCGUUUUCCCCAGAUGAAGAUGGUAAUCCAUCUCCAGAUGUAAGAGCUAUAUUAUCGACAGUAUGUUACAGCAGUUUGUUGGGUGGUGUGUAUGGCAGUUUAUCAUACAGUAAACGGGCUUAUGAAGAUUUUUUUCAGAAAAACCAAUCAACACUGUUUCAAAAUCAGUUUGAAGCCAAAGCUAAACUCCAAUCUCAAGUAACAUUGGCAAUGGCAAGAGGUGUCUUUAAAUGGGGAACUAGAAUAGCACUUUUCUGCGGUUGUUUUACAACCGUGGUAACCGCUGUGAAUGCGUACACUCAAAAAGUUACUGUAUUUAGUUAUGCAUUAAGUGGUUUUAUAGUAGGUGGAAUUACAAGAAUAAGUUUUGGUAUGAAAGGUUUUAUUGUUGGAUCUACAUUGGGAGGUAUUUUAGGUAUCUUUGUUGGAGGUAUUACUUUAUUAAUAUUAAGAUUUUCUUCUUUAACAAUGGACGAAGUAAAAGAAUGGCAAAGUCAAAGUCAAAUUGAAAGAGAUCUGUAUUUUGUUAAGGAACAAAAAACAUCUCGAAUAUUUGAGUAUGAUAAUACACCUGAGCUACAAGCUCAUGAUAAAAGAUUACAACAGUCAGAAACAGUUUCAGAAUAAAGAAUUGUUAUUAUAAUUCAUGAAUGAAGUAUAUUGUCAUACUUUGGGAGCACUCUGACACAGUACACGGUAACUUUUUGUUAUCAGUCCUUGCCAUAUUGCAAAAUUGAUACUUCAAAAACCUUGGCGAACCUUUUAUCACAGUCUAAUAAUUUUAAUUGUAUCCAAUAAUUGUUCAACAUAAACUGUUACUUAUACUACAAAAUCUCAAUUUUCACAUACAUUACUUUUAAAUUAAUCAACUGUUAACAUGUACAUAUUGUUAUGAUUGUUAGUAAUUUGUGUUGAAGUAAAUAGUGUUAUUAUUUUAGUAUAUA